AUGUCCUACCAUAAUGCUGCGAUCUGGGCUAGAAGCUCAGCUUCGGUAGCAGUUUGGAGUGUCGAUGGAUCGCCUGCUAGAGUGCGUGGGGGCAGUGUUAGGCUUGCCCCGCUUUGCUUGCCGAGUGGUGACCCCUCUGUCGGCAGGAACAAUGGUAUUGAUGCGGUUCCCAUUUAA